AUGACAACUCGACAACGAACAAUUAUACAAAGACGACAAAAUUAUAAAAAUGUAUUAUGUGAACAAUGUUUGCAACAUAAACAUUUAAUAAUUGCUCCAUUUCCGUUAGUUCUUGCUUUACCACGUCUAAUUAUUUAUUCCACUGGAAGUUGUACAAUAUCACCUAGUGGUUCAUGGCUAUUUCUUACUGGAUAUCUUAUUUCAUUUGUUCCAUACAUGGUUACUUUUGUGGUUUUUGUUUUUCCAUCAAUAUCUUACAAACAAGUAUUUCGAAAGUCUAUCGAACGAUAUUUACGAACAAUUAAAAUUUCAUUGCAUUUCAAUUCAUAG